UCAUGCUGCUGCCAGGUCCACAGUCUCUCAUGGGUCCCUGUACGGCCUCCCAUUGCUGCUGUCUCCAUCGCCACACUCUGCCAUGUGCCACUUUCAGGUCUCCUCACACUGCUGGUGUGUUACAUUUUUUGUCAUAGGGUGCUGGCAGAUUACGGGCCCUCACAUAGCUGCUGCCAGGCCCCUAAUCUGCCAUGGGCCCCUGUACCGCCUCCUCAUGCUGCUGCCAGGUCCACAGUCUCUCAUGGGUCCCUGUACGGCCUCCCAUUGCUGCUGUCUCCAUCGCCACACUCUGCCAUGUGCCACUUUCAGGUCUCCUCACACUGCUGGUGUGUUCCAUUUU